AUGGAAACCAAGUUCGUCCUCGUCUCCCUCCUCCUCCUCCAGCUUUCUGUAACCGCUUUGUCCAAGGGCAAGGGGUCCAACGGCGAAGAUGGUGAUAGCAACCCUCGUGACAACCCUAUGCACAAGCCUCACGGCUCUCACAAGACUGCACAUGAGCCGGGAGGUCCAGCAGGGGGCAUUGCAAAGCCAGGAAGCAAACCGCAGGUUCCGUUCGGAGGAGUAGAUGACCCUGCAGUACCCACUGGAGGAGCUGCACCCGCUGGUGGCAACAAGAAGUGGUGCAUUGCCAAAGGUGGUAUUGCGAAAAGCCUUUUGAAGAAGGAUUUCGAAGACGUGUGCAAAGAGGUCGAUUGCUCACCUACAGACGGAAAAGGCUUAUGCUACACUGAGUCAAUCUUCGCCAAGGCCUCCUUCGCCAUGAAUCUUAAGUAUCAGAAGAACGGUAAGAAAGAUGCUGACUGCGUUUACGGAGGAAGAGCAGAGACUACAACCAUAGACCCAAGCUGGGGCAAGUGUAUUCUCGUCUCUUCUUAA